GAUUAUCGUUUUGCGAUAGUUCUCGUUCCGACAAUCAGAGUAUGAGAAUUUUGAAACUUUAUAAGCAAAAUUUAAGGCAACGCAGGAAAUAUGAAUAAACAUUGUUGCGGCAUUGUUAUAAAUGAUAAGGUCAUCAAUAUCGUUUUAAAAGUGUACAGCAACCAAAAUCUGCUGAUCGUAACGCAUUUAAACAAACCCGGACCAUUAUUGCUGGUGACUCGUGAAUCUUUUCAAAACGGUUUUAACGAGAACAACAGCGUGUUCACGAUAAAAGCAUUAUUUGGUCACGUUGAAUCAGAGGUUUGCGCAGCUGCUAGAUACAUAGCGGAACACGUUAACAUCGACAAACCAUUGCUACUGUCAUUAGCACUGGAAGAUUACAAACUCAAGACUCUGGAAGCUGUCGUUGCUGCUGUGAAUCACAUAAAACCGCGCGACAUCCUAUCCGACGAAAGAAUAAACUUCAGCGCGAUACGAUGAGUCUAAUUUUCGGCCAGCUCGUUAUCGGGCCACCUUCGAGUGGUAAAACAACGUAUUGCAACGCCAUGUCCAAGUUCCUGGAAUCUCUUGGACGAAAGGUGGCCAUUAUCAAUAUUGAUCCAGCAAACGAGAAUAUGGAGUACACUCCUGCGGUAGAUAUAUCUGAAUUAGUUAAGCAUGAAGAUAUAAUGGAGGAGUAUGGCUCUGGACCGAAUGGAGCUCUACUUUACUGUAUGGAGUACCUGGAAACUCAUGUGAGCUGGUUGAUCGCAAGAGUUUUGAAUUUGAAAGAUCACUAUCUCAUAUUCGAUUGUCCGGGUCAGGUCGAGUUAUAUACACAUCAUAAAUCAGUAAGCAAGAUCGUGGAAAAGUUGAGUGAGAAUUUAAUAAAAUUGUGUAGCGUGCAUCUCGUAGAGUCACACCAUUGCAGUGAUCCUGGAAAAUUUCUAUCUUCUCUGCUUCUGUGCACAACGGUGAUGUUGCGGAUAGGUUUACCUCACGUAAACGUCAUGACGAAGUUUGAUGAAAUGAAAAAGUACAGCGAGCAUCUACCAUUUAAUAUAGAUUUUUAUACGGAAGUGCUUGAUUUAAAGUAUCUUUUGGAACAGUUGGACGACGAUCCCUUUACUGCGAGAUACAAAAAACUUAACGCUGCACUAGUAUCGAUAAUUGAAAAUUACAGUCUCGUUAGUUUUAUACCACUGGACAUUUCCAAUGAGGAAUUAUUGUUAAAAGUAAAAAAUGCAGUUGACAAAGCCAACGGAUACGUGUUUGGCGGUAAUGAACCACAGGACGUUCAAACUUUGCUUGCGUGUGCGGUAGGAGCCACCAGCGCGACCGAGAGAGUGUCCUCAUUGGACGAAUACGUAUGAAUAUAUUAUAUUUUUUACAAUAAGUAUCCGAUAAAAUACAAUAAAUUGGAUAAAAA